CGGACAUCUCUUUUUUUUCACCGAGACGACAUGUCGUUUCUAACUCGAGAACCAUAAAAACCCCAACGCCUCACACCAUUUCCAGUAUUCUCUUUUCUCUUACGUUCCUCUAGUUCUCUCAAAUAUUACAUUUAGACUGAAUGCCCAAAAUGCUGUCAAAUUUACCCCAAAGAAUCUCACACCGAUUCUCCCCAUUAAACUCGAGCAUCAUUACCACAAUUCACAGGCACAGAGCUCUGAAUCUCUGAUUAGAAGCGAGAGUUACAGAGAUCCAAAAUCCAAUAAUCAAAUCUAGGGUUAGGGUUAGGAUUUGGGAAGAAGAAGAAGAAGAUGGAGGGUUGGGAUCCAAGCACGAAAUCGACGCUGACCCAAAUUCCUCUCCUGACGACGAAGGCCGGGCCGAGAGACGGCGCGGCGUGGAUGCAGCGGCUGAAGGAGGAGUACAAGGCGCUGAUCGCGUACACGCAGAUGAACAAGUCGAACGACAACGACUGGUUCCGAAUCUCCGCCAUCAAUCCGGAGGGCACGCAGUGGACCGGCAAGUGCUGGUACGUCCACAACCUCCUCAAGUACGAGUUCGAUCUCCAGUUCGACAUCCCCGUCACCUACCCAGCCACCGCCCCCGAGCUCGAGCUUCCUCAGCUCGACGGAAAGACUCAGAAGAUGUAUAGAGGGGGUAAAAUCUGCUUGACUGUGCAUUUCAAGCCUCUCUGGGCCAAGAACUGUCCUAGAUUUGGCAUAGCACAUGCACUCUGCUUGGGGCUAGCACCAUGGCUUGCAGCUGAAAUUCCCAUUCUUGUCGAUUCGGGUAUGAUCAAGCACAAAGACGACGUAGCGUCAUCCGCAGAAUCUUAGUUAUCUUAUGUUACAUUUGAGGCUUUUGUAAAACUAAACCUAAAGAUUUGGAGUUAUUGACCUCUGGUCGGAUAAAAAUAAAUGUUGAAGCACAAGUUGUGCAUUUUACAGGAUGUCUCCUCACUAUUCAAAUGUACAAUUUAUCUACACAGAUAUCAUUACUUUGUAUGAGAUCAGAAAGGUUAUCUUCCAAA